GAGUGUCGCGCCCUGGGCCGAAGCCAUGGAUGCGAUCACCAAUUCAUCCUUCCGCGCAGCUAUGAAGAGCUUACAGAAGCAAUUCUUCAGCGCCAAAAUCCAGGCACGUCAAGCUUCUUUGAGAGUCCGACACCCUGCAAAGGGCGGCUAGGUGCGGAAAUUUUGAGAGAGGCGAGGGAGCUGAUUUGA